AUGAACUUUUGUCUUGUCUGUCUAUGUGUGUGUUUUAUCUUCUUCUUCUUCUUCUACAACCCGACCAAAUACACAUCGAACGGGGAAAAAGAGUCCCGACAAAUUGAAGCAUUGAAGGAGUUUCUCAUUCCUCUCUCAAAUAUUUGUGGAGAGAAGAGAAUAUAACGAAAUCGAGAAGAUAGUAGUUCUCUAGGAGAGAUAUGAGUUCGUCUAUACCUCUGAGGCUACUUCUGCCUCUUACAACUCCUCCUCCUCCUCCUCCUCCUCCUUCAGAUUCUUCUCAUGCUCCUUCUCCCCUCAGAUCGCAAAAUCCUAACUUCAAUCGCCGAUCCUCUUCCUAUGCGACCUCUUGUUCUUCCCACUCGCGGCUUUUCCCCGGGCGGAUACGCAGAUUCAGAUCCUCUGUUUCCAUGUGCUUACCUGAACACACGAGAGAUCAAGACAACACAGACAUCUGGAGUAAUAAAGAUGACCACAUCAAAUGUGUGCUUGAAUCGGAUGAAGAGUCCGGGCUGAGGAUUCCAACUCAGGCGCAAGCUAUCGUUGAAGGAUCUGGUUCAGUUGCAGUCUCAGAGCUAAAACCCGCCGCUGAUGUUGAUUACAUUCAAGAGCUGUUGGCGAUACAGCAGCAAGGGCCUAGAUCAAUUGGCUUCUUUGGGACAAGAAAUAUGGGUUUCAUGCAUCAAGAACUGAUUGAGAUUCUUAGCUACGCCAUGGUUAUAACGAAAAAUCAUAUAUAUACUUCAGGUGCAUCUGGAACUAACGCGGCAGUUAUCAGAGGUGCAUUGAGAGCAGAGAGACCAGAGCUUCUUACAGUAAUCUUACCCCAAAGUUUGAAGAAACAACCUCCUGAGAGCCAGGAAUUGUUGUCUAAAGUACAAAACGUGGUGGAAAAGCCACACAAUGACCAUUUGCCAUUGUUAGAAGCCAGCAGGCUGUGUAAUAUGGAUAUCAUAUCACAAGUACAACAAGUAAUCUGCUUUGCGUUUCAUGACAGUAAGCUUCUUAUGGAAACAUGUCAAGAAGCUAAAAACCUACGCAAGAUCGUCACUCUCUUCUACCUCGAUUGAUCCACUCUCUUUAUCUCUCUUUACAAAACAGAGAAGAUAAGCCUCUCGUUGUAAAGUAUGAAAUCUUGAUCAAACACAUACACAAACCAACCAAUUAUAUUCCUUUUGUCUAAAUUUUGAUACCACCCCACAGUACGACGAUUCUAUAGGCUUACUUGUCAACUAUGUAUGUAUAAGAAGAUUAUUGGGUUUCUUCUUUAAUAUUUUUU